CCUCCAAUGCGCCUGCGCCCUGUAGCCCGGAGGCGGAGCCUGCAGGCUGACGUACAAGGGAGCGCGCAGGCGUGAGGGUUCAGAGCAAACCGUCGCUGGCCUUCGCACGUGGCCUGCUGUUGCUGUUUUUCCUGACGUUAUGCCGUUGGUGUUCUUUUCUGGGGUUACUGUUUGAAGUAUCUUCUUUAAAGGCUGUGUGUUAUGCUUUCGGGGGGUCUCUACUGAGUUGCGCCAAGCAGAGCAUUUGUUCUCAAAAUGUCAACGGUCAAGGAGCAGCUUAUUGAGAAUCUAAUUAAGAAAGAUAAAACCUCCCAGCGGAAGAUCACCAUUGUUGGAGUUGGUGCUGUAGGCAUGGCUUGUGCUAUUUGUAUCUUAAUGAAGGAUUUGACUGAUGAACUUGCACUUAUUGAUGUCGCAGAGGACAGAUUAAAGGGAGAAAUGAUGGAUCUUCAGCACGGCAGUCUUUUCUUUCAUACUCCAAAGAUUGUCUCUGGAAAAGAUUACAGUGUAUCUGCAAACUCCAAAAUAAUUAUUAUCACAGCAGGUGUGCGUCAAAAGGUGGGAGAAACACGUCUUGCCCUGGUUCAACGUAAUGUGGAUAUCAUGAAAUCAGUCAUUCCUGCCCUAGCCCGUCAUAGUCCUGACUGUAAGAUGCUUAUUGUCUCAAAUCCAGUGGAUAUUUUGACAUACGUGGUCUGGAAACUAAGUGGCUUACCUGUCACAAGUGUAAUCGGAAGUGGUUGUAAUCUAGACUCUGCCCGUUUCCGUUACCUAAUUGGAGACAAGUUGGGUGUCCAUCCCACUAGUUGCCAUGGUUGGAUUAUUGGGGAACAUGGUGAUUCUAGUGUGCCCUUAUGGAGUGGGGUGAAUGUUGCUGGUGUUGUUCUGAAGAGUUUAGACCCCCAAUUAGGAACUGAUUCAGAGCAGGACAAUUGGAAAAAUAUCCAUCAACAAGUUGUUCAGGGUGGCUAUGAGGUUCUCAGGCUGAAGGGGUACACUUCUUGGGCUAUUGGCCUAUCUGUGACUGAUCUAGUAGGAUCAAUGGUGAAAAAUCUUAGCAGAGUGCAUUCAGUUUCCACUAUGGCUAAGGGCUUUUAUGGAAUACAAGAAGAAAUUUUUCUCAGUAUCCCUUGCAUCUUGAGCCAAAAUGGUAUCUCCGAUAUUGUGAAACUUAACUUGAGUUCUGAGGAGGAGGCCCUUUUUAAGAAGAGUGCGGACACACUUUGGAAUAUCCAAAAAGACCUGGUAUUUUAAAGCCUUUUAAUGUUCCACUGUUUUAUACAGCAGAAAAUAACAAACUGUGUAUUUUACAUCUUGAAAGUAUUUUCAUUUAAUCCAGAAAAAACGAAAGAAAACAUUGAAGACCUAUAGCAUACUUCCAGUCUCUCAAGGCUAGUAAAGGAAAUAUUAAAGAGAUUUCUCCUCUUUUAUGAGUCUCUCAUAGCUUUAUUCUAAUGAUACCCAACUUGCACAAGAGGAAGAGCUGUAUUCAGGUUUAGAAAAAUAAUAUAACAAUCCAUUAUAAGAUAGAACUUAGGAUUUUUCUCACAAAACAACAACCACUUUUUCUAGUACUGAAAUUUCAUCUUGUGCUUCCUUCCCUUAGGGACCCAACCUUUUCACUUUAUAUUGCUCCAUUAGCUUCCUGCGUCUGUGUAUCAUCUUUACUAAGUACUUGUUUUUAAGACCAUGUAUAGCAGAAGAAAUAUAAAACUAUAACUUUCUUUGGUGUAAAAAAUUUAAAUAUCUUCAACCCUGCAAGUAUUAUACCAAUUCAUAUAAAUUUAAAUUGUUGAUUUGGUGUCUGUUGAAAUACUACACAAGGAUCUCAGACCAUCAGACUUAAGUGAAAAUAUUGCAUUGCGGAAAAUAAGUAGAAGGAAAUUUGUCCUGGUUUGUGUGAUUAACCCAAACUAAUAUGAAACCUGGAACCACUGAUUUUGAACUUUCAAUUUGGAUGUCUGGAUUACAUUCUUUCUAGUUCAUUCAGCAAACUACUAAUAUUCUUGCUGUGUUAUGGUUAUAAGGCCAGUAUGACAAUUUCUGGCCUCAGGUAUCUCAGUGAGUAUUUAAGGUACCUCAUCUUAUUGAUUAUUAAUGAAUGCUUGACAAUAGUCAGUUGGUAGCUCCCUCUUUGUGU